CGCAUUGCACACUCUGGGGGAACCGCAGUGUGCAUUCGUGGGAUGGGGCAGCGGGUUGCUGGAAGCUGGAACCGAAGCGUGGCUUUGAACUCAUCAAGUUGUUAUGAGAAUCAAACCAGAAGUUGUUUUAAGCCCUUGGGAAAGUAUAAAUUAUGAAGUUGCAAUUUCUAUCCAGUAAAAAAGAGCCCCUGAACCCAGGAUCUCUGCAUGAGUGAGGCCCCAGUCUGCAAUGGAACCUUGGCCUGCACUGGCCUGGGCACUCCUCCUCAGCCUUCUGGCCGACUGUCUGAAAGCUGCCCAGUCCAGAGACUUUACGGUGAAAGACAUUAUCUACCUCCACCCUUCAACCACCCCAUAUCCUGGUGGAUUUAAGUGUUUCACCUGUGAAAAGGCAGCAGACAAUUAUGAAUGCAACCGAUGGGCUCCAGAUAUCUACUGUCCUCGAGAGACCAGAUACUGCUACACUCAACACAUCAUGGAAACCACUGGAAACAGCAUAUCAGUCACCAAACGUUGUGUGCCUCUGGAAGAAUGCUUGUCUACUGGUUGUGUAGAUUUAGAACAAGAAGGACAAAAGGUCUGUACUUCUUGCUGUGAAGGAAAUAUAUGUAACUUGCCACUGCCCCGGAAUGAAACAGAUGCAAUAUUUGCCACAACAUCCCCCAUCAAUCAGACAACUGGCCACUCCCAUCAUAUGUCAGUAAUAAUGUCAUGUUUGUGUAUGUUACUGGGAUUAACCUCCUAAUGACUCUGAGGUGCCAUUUAUUUAGUCAAUAGGAAAAUCUGGAAGGAAGAUGCAUCCCUACACAUGUCAUUGGCCUAACUAUAGCACGUUUAAAAUUAUAUUACUUAAGGAUGUUCCAGUUACUAAGACUUUUAGGUGUUUGGGGACAUGCCAGCCAAAUAUUACUGCUUCAAGUUAGGAAAGAAAAAUUAUUCCAUUGUGAUCAUCCAUCUUCCAAAGCCCUCUUCCAAACCAGUCUGUUCCCAGCAUGAGUAUCUGAGUUUUGUCUGACAAAACCUUUUCUCUCUCUGGUCUGGUUCUACAUUUAUUUAGCAGCAACCAUCAAUUCAUAUUUAGAUUUCCUUUUUAGUUUUAAUGGAAAGGGUAUAUGGUUUUCCUAGAAACCUUUUGCUUGGAUAUCUGGAAGGAUUACAUUACUUUAUACAAAUAAGAAUUAUAAAAAAACAAACACAGUACCCCACAGAAAUGAUUUAUCUGAGGAUCAAGUCCAUCUCUGAACAUUUUUAAUCUUCCUCAGUCCUGUGAGAGAUAGUAAGAAUUAUAAAGAUAUAUGGAGAGCAUUUGAGAGAAAAACUUUGCCCCAAUAUAUCUGGGUCAAAUAUUUAUAUUAUGACUAUACUUGGUCCUGUGUAUAAGACUCUAAAGGUGAUGGGAAUUCUAGCGUCUGUCCAUUUUUGUUACAUCAAGGAUCAAUCAAGUAUUUAUUAAAUGCCUAUUCUAUGCCAGGCACUGGACAGGCACUGGGGAUAGAAAUAAUGAAACAAUCUCCCUACCUGUAAUGAUCUUAUAAACCACAUUUUAAUUGAAGUCUCUGUGUAGGGUUCUCAUAGCAAGAAUGAAAAGCUGUUAGUUUUUUCCUGUUUCUGAUGCCAGUAGAGCAGAGGCUGAAGGAAAGGAGAGCUUGAUGGAUAGCACCAUUCCCCCUGAACUCAGUAAAAUGCUCAGUCAUCCCUCUCCUCAUGCACAGGGAAGACUAGAGCCCAUGAAAUAUCAGUUAAGUCACCCUUCCAUCUCUAGUUUUUCUACCACUGAAUUCCUAUUGUCUUCACAGAGAAUUUCUAAGUAGAUGAUUGUAGCACUGGGACAGAAUCAUUGGUUCAUAUUUGUGGACUGGGAGGCAGGGAAGAAUAUUGGUUAUGAGUAGCGGGAAAAGGUGCUAUAGGGAGCAGGUAUAAAGAGGCCUUUAGCAAUUGCAAACUCUCAUUUUGGGGGGAUGUUUGCUCCUGAGGUAGAGGGUGAAGUUUUCACCAUCUUUAUAUUUUUUUUUUGACAUUCUGUGUGCUAUUUUUCUUUUUUUUCCCUUGUAAAUCAUUUAUACAAUAUUUAUUUUUCUAUGACAUAACUAAAAUGAUAAUGUAUUAUAAAAAAUCCAUUGUUCAGACCAUGUUCAGAGAAAAGUUAUUUUUUAAAGAGCAGUAAAACUUGUAAUAUAUUUUUGUUGAAAGUCAUCAAUUAUCCUAUGCACCAGUGCUGAAAAAAAAAUGCCUUGUGUUGUUUGAGCUAAACAUGUUUUAUCUCAAAAGAUAUUAAGUAUGAUUUCCUCAGCAGGGUUGCUCUAGGAGCAUUUGCACAUGAUAAUCAUUAUUGUCCUGAGUUUCUGCAUAGAUUCACAUUGAGAGUACAUAAUGCAACUGCAGUAGGGAGUUAGCUCUGAAAAUUACUUAAAAGUGCUGUAUCCAAGUAUUCAUAUUGGGAAUUUUUUGGCUGUAAAUUCCUAAACACUACAAUAUGGAAUUUUAAUCCAGCAUAAGGAAGAAAGGUGGUACAGUGAAAAGAAUAUUGACUCUGGAAUCAGAGAACCUGGGUUUGAAAUCUGCUUUUGGUGAUUAUUCACUGUGUGAGCUCAGGCAAGUCACCUAACUUCAAUUUCCUCACCUGUAAAAUCAGGAAGUUAGACUAGAUGGCCUCUGAAAUUCUGUCUAUCUCUAAUUCUGUGAUCCUAUGGUUUGAUUUUACAUGGGGCUGACUAUUCAAAAUGCCAGACUUUAGGAUACUGUCUCUUGACAUUCUAAUUUAAGAGAGAUAGUACUUGUGUAUCUUACCACACAAGGCAAGUGAGGAAAUUAUUCAGUUUGUUUACAUGGCAAAAAGCCCUAAAAUGUUUACAAUAAGGAGUACCCUAGGGAUCAUGAUGGAUACUGGAGAAAUAGAGCACUUACUCUUCAGCAUUAGUGGAUUUUCUAUAGGGAUCUAAAGCAAAGUCUCUCCUUUUCACAUUAAAUGUGGCUUGAUUUAAUACAGGAGCCCUCAUCAGGACAAAGGGGACAGUUCUUGGAACUCAUUUCUAAAGGUCAAGGAUGUUUAUUCACAACAUCAAACUACCUCAGAGUAUAAUUUGGCAUUUGCCCAAUGGGCUAUGGGGCAACUUGUACGCUUUACAGUUUUAAGAAUGUAUGUUGGGAUAAGACUGUCCAUUAAGUCUUGGAAGGGGUGUGAUCUACACUGAAAUCACAAGUCUUGUUGAUGUGUAAGAAUGUGGAAAGAAACAGGGACAAACUGUUCAGCCCUCAGAACUCUGCCCAGUGGCCGGACAUCAUGGACUUCUGCCAUCCUACUAUGUGGAAGUCAUGUAACCCUGCUCAGGCAGAUAGCCAUUAAUCCAGAACUCUGACCUGACCUUUUGCUUCUUUUUGUACAUUUGCCUCAUCUCUCUUGCUGAAAGAGGUGACAUUUUGAUGUUGCUACUAAAGAUGCUAUAAAAUAUAAUGGAGGUGUUGAUGUCCUUCAUGUCUACAGAUAGUUUUGCAUGCAUGGAUUUCUCUCCAUUGAUUGCUUUAAAAGUAAUGCAUGGACCUUUGAGUAAGAGAGAAAACACAAAAAUUGGCCUCCAAUGAACAAACUGAUCCCACAAAAGUCUGCCUGGCUAUGUAUCAUGCAGAAUCCAUUAAUCUGAGUGGUCAAAUCAGUGAACUUGAACAAUAUCUCUAAGUCAGCAUUCACUGACAGAUCUGAAAACCUGGUUCUGCAUGCAUCCAUUGGGAUGGAUUGUGGAUAGGUUUUUUUUUUUCCUUGUACAAAAGAAUACAGUAAGCUAUACAUCCCAGGCCUUCCCUAUACCCCUAGAGUAUCCAAUGGAAGGAUGGAUUAUUUACAUAAAAGGCACAUUGCUAGUCUGGCCUUUCCACCACAUUAAUUCUCCUAGAAAAUGUCACCAUCAGCAGCUUUAUGAAGUACAAAAAAGCAGUCAUGUGUAUUUAAUCCCUAUAUGUUAUAUAUUUAUUUUUAGAUUCUCCACAAUAUUCCCAUUUUAAAAUGGGUAUGAUGGAUAUCUGAAUACUGUAAAUACUGUACAAUUUGUAAAUGGAUGAAAUAAAGAUUUUAAGUGCAUUUCAA